CGGAACUGAACGAAGUACAGAAGGAAACAAACUGAUCCGCUUGAAUUAUCAGAGCAAAGUGUGGAGGAUUAGGUAAGGACAAUGCAGGAGUGGAUUGUUGAAACUGCUCUGUUCGUUAAUGGUGUGGGAAGUCGCGACGGAGGCUCAUGUGAAGGGAGAGACCUGGUGCAAGCCAUACAACCGAUGGAAGACGUGAAUGCGAUGAAGGAUGGCAAGAAUCCAUAUGCAGUUCUUGGGUUAGCGAUGACAGAAAAUUUGUGAAACAUGGAAU